GUCAUUUCGGCGUGAGAUACUCUAGGAAUGGUCGGAGUAACGGUCGGCAGUUCCAGAUGACAUUUCAACAGUUUUGUGGUGGUCCUUUGUGGAACAAUACCGAGUUAGUGACGUCAUCAUGGCCCAAGCUAACAGACUGUUUCAGGGUGACCGUCCUUGUCUGGAUUCCAUGCGGGAUUGUCUUUCUAUUUGGGCCACUUUACAUCAUCGGAUUACGCAAUGGUCCGCCUACCAAGGCCCUACCCAUAAGGCAUUUAAAUGCUGGGAAACUGUUUUGUCCGUCAACCAUGGCCAUUCUGACAUUGAUAGCUGCACUCCAGAAGUUAAGUUUACACAAAGAUGGCGCCGACAUGCCACCUGCUCAUUAUGUAGCUGACGCCAUUCAGUUCAUCACAUAUAUAACAGUUGCCUUUUUUAGCCAAUAUGAAAGAAAGUAUGGCGUCACGGCUUCAAGGCUACAGCUGGCGUUUUGGUUCUUCAUGUCCUUGUCUUUACUUGUGUCUGCGUACACCAAAAUUAUACAGCAGGAUUACAUAGAAGACUUUAUUGGAUUUAUGAUCUUCAUGAUCAACUAUGCUCUGUGUUUGAUAUGCUUCUGUUUGAGUUGCUGGUCAGAAUAUCCUGGACCUAAUUAUUUUGGAACAGAUCAGUCCCACAAAUCAACAGGCAGGGCAGAAUGUCCAGUGAUCAAGGCCUCUGCUCUAUCACUUACUUUCUUCUGCUGGAUAUUCAAGCUACUCCGCACUGGUUACAAGAGGGAUAUUGAAGAAUCUGACCUCUGGUCACUUCCGCCAGACAUGAUAUGUGACAGCCACUUCCCUAAAUUUGAAAAGUUGUGGAAACAAGAGGUUCACAGGUGUCGCAGUAAGAUGAAGUCAAAGAAAAAAAAAUUACACAGUGGAGCCAGAAAUGGUCAGGCCCACUAUUCCAAGUUCUCCAGCAAUGAACAAACGAGGUUUUCUGAUUAUUUGCAGGGCCCCACAACUUUGUAUACACAACUUCUGGAUCAAACCAAAAAUGAAAAGGAUGAGAAAGGGCCGGAGCCGUCGCUCAUGCGGGUGCUCUGGAAACAGUACUGGUUUAUGGUGCUAGAGUUUACAUGGACGAAAAUAUUCUCAGAUAUAGCAGUCAUGUGUGGCCCCCUGCUACUGAAAAUUCUUCUUGUGUACAUGGCCAACAGACAUCUGGGUAAUGAAUGGCAAGGCUACUGUAUAUGCAUACUGAUGUUGAUUGUAGGGCAGUUACGUAUUGCAAUUUUCAAUUACUCUAUGUGGUCCAGCUACAGGCUUGGUAUGAUUGUCAAAUCUGUGUUAAUCACUGCUGUUUAUAAGAAGGCAAUGAGGAUUAACAAUGAAUCAAAGAAAAAAUCAACAGUGGGAGACAUCGUCAACCUAAUGUCUGUGGACGCCCAGAGGAUCCAGGAGUUUUUGAUCAAAGUCUCAUUCUGUCACACAACCCCCCUGCAAGUUGUGGUUUCUUUGGCCAUCAUUUACUCAAUCAUUGGUCCUGCAGUCUUAGCUGGAACACUGGUCAUUGUAUUGUUUAUGCCUCUGAGUGUUUGGAUUGCAUCCAAACAGAAAAGCCUUUUCAAAAAAAAUCUGACAUUCAAAGAUACAAGGAUUCGAAUGAUGAAUGAAAUCAUCAAUGGAAUCAAGGCAUUAAAGCUGUAUGCUUGGGAAUCUUCAUUCCAUAACCGUGUACAGGGUGUCAGGGCUUCUGAGAUUGCCAUGUUACUAAAAAUAGCUGUGUUUUAUGUUGUAACUGGUGUCUGUUGGAAUCUAGCUGGAUACCUGAUGACCUUGUUGACUUUUGCCACCUACCUCUGGAUUGACCCUGAAAACUUCCUGGAUCCUGGAAAAGCUUUUAUGACCUUGUCACUCUUCAACAUACUGAGAACACCUUUGGACUUUAUGGCAUCAAUCAUAUCCUUAGGUGCACAGGCAUAUGUGUCUGUCAAGAGAAUAGGAAACUUUCUCCAGUACGAUGAACUUAAAAAUGAUAAUGUGAUCAUCAUGUCUGAAGCAGAGCAUAUGGUAACAUUUGAAAGAGCUGAUCUAACUUGGGACAGCAACAACACACCAACAUUAAAAAACAUAAACCUGCACAUACCUAAAGGCCAUUUAGUGGCUGUGGUGGGACAAGUUGGGGCUGGUAAAUCAUCUUUGAUCUCAUCCAUCAUAGGAGAUAUGGAGAAAAUAAGAGGAACAGUCACAAGGAGGGGGACAGUUGCGUAUGUCCCACAGCAAGCCUGGAUCCAGAACGCAACAGUGCGUGACAACAUUACAUUUGGCAAGAAGUUUCGAGAUAGAAAGUAUAAGGCGGUUGUGUCAGCGUGCGAACUGGAGAGAGACUUUGAGAUCCUGACAGCUGGGGAUCAAACAGAGAUUGGGGAGAAGGGCAUCAAUCUGUCAGGUGGACAGAAGCAGAGGGUGUCAGUGGCCAGGGCAGUGUAUCAGGACUGUGACCUCUACCUUUUGGAUGACCCUCUCAGUGCUGUUGACAGCCAUGUGGGCAAGGCAAUGUUUGACCAAGUCAUCGGUCCAAGAGGUCUUCUGAAAAAUAAGACACGUGUGUUGGUCACACAUGGAGUCCAUUUUCUCCCACAAGUUGACUUGAUUGUUGUGAUGAGUGAAGGGCAGAUAACUGAGGUUGGUUCCUAUGAGAAGCUUCUGGCACAUGAUGGACCAUUUGCCCAGUUCCUCAAGAAUUACCUGACUCAGGAACAGCUGGAUGGCAAUGUGGGUGAGGAGGAUCCAGAGACUGUUGUUUCAGUUUCUGCCAUCAAAGAUAACAUCUGGGGGAGGAUUGAACUUUUGACCUCUGAUGCUGCAACUUCUGGUGAUGAAAGCAGAGCUCUUCGGAAAAGAAGACUUGAAAUGAGCCUGAAUCACUCGCGGAUGGAAGAAAGUGCAAGAGAAGAUAAAUUUAUCCAUAAAGAACAGGGAAAACUAAUAACCACAGAGAUUUUGUCUAAAGGAAGGGUGGCACCACAUGUAUACUUGAGCUAUGUCAAGGCAGCUGGAGUUGUACCAAUCACCAUAGCCGUUGUCUUAUUCUGGUGCUUCCAAGGUAUUAGUGUAGGCACCAACUACUGGUUAACCGGGUGGACAGAGGACUCAACGUUGGCCAACAGAACCAAACCUUUAACAGAACUGGCAGACAUAAAUAAUCGUUACUUAUUAAUUUACACAAUAUUUGGAAUCGGCCAAGCUCUGUUUUUGGUGGGCUACUACUACCUGUUCUGGACGAGGAUGGUAAUGGCAGGAAGAAACCUCCACUCACAGCUGACCUCCAGGUUGUUUAAAGCUCCGAUGGCAUUCUUUGAUACAACCCCCAUUGGUAGAAUUUUAAAUAGAUGUUCUAGAGAUAUUGAAGUUGUUGAUAACUUUCUACCAAUUAUCUGUCGAGAUUUUAUGGGAACAUUUGGCGUAAAUUUUAUGACUAUAAUAGUGAUCAUGGUGCAGACCCCCAUCUUUGGAGCUGUACUUGUGCCAGUUAUCAUAUUUUUCUUCUUUGUUCUGAGCUUUUACAUCCCAACAUCACGACAGCUGAGGAGGAUAGAACACAUCAAACGAUCUCCAAUUUAUUCACACUUCAGUGAAUCUGUGACUGGAGCCUCAGUGAUUAGAGCUUAUGGCGUCUCUGAUAGGUUUAUCAGCCAGUCUAAGAACCUUGUGGAUGAAAACACAAUAUUCUUCUAUGCUGCCUCAAUGGCACUAAGAUGGUUGUCUGUCAACUUGGAUACCAUGGCCAAUCUUGUCAUUUUUGCAUCUGGUAUUUUUCAAAUUCUCUCCCCUGAUAACAGUGCAGGGGAUGCUGGCCUUACAGUAUCUUAUGCUUUACAGAUCUCUGGAAGUUUGCCUUGGAUGGUGAGGCAGCUCGCAGAUUUUGAGACGAACAUUGUGUCUGUGGAGAGACUGAAGGAGUACUCUGAGGUUGGCCAGGAGGCCGAUUGGAUAAUACCAUCCAAGCGUCCACAUCCAACGUGGCCAGCUCAUGGAGAUGUUGAGUUUUGUAACUUCAGUGUAAGGUACAGGGAUGGAUUGGAUAUGGUCAUCCACAGGAUGAAUGUUAAAAUCCAGGGUGGAGAAAAGGUUGGCAUAGUUGGGCGUACUGGUGCAGGUAAAUCCUCCCUGUCUCUCUCCCUGUUCCGUCUGAUGGAGGCUGCAGGUGGGUGUAUCAUGAUCGAUGGCGUCAACAUUGCUGAGCUGGGACUGCAUGACCUGAGGUCAAGGCUGACCAUUCUACCACAGGAUCCUGUUUUAUUUUCUGGAACACUGCGCAUGAACCUUGACCCUUUUGAUGAAUUUAACGAUGAGGACAUCUGGACUGCAUUAGAAAGAGCACACCUCAAAGUGUUUGUUCAUCAACUACCUGAAAAACUGAUGUAUGAAUGUGGCGAAGAAGGACACAAUUUAAGUGUUGGCCAGAGGCAGCUGGUUUGUCUUGCUAGAACUCUUCUAAGAAAAACAAAAAUUCUUGUCCUUGAUGAAGCAACAGCUGCCGUAGACAUGCAGACAGACACACUGAUACAAAACACUAUUCGCUUUGCCUUCCAAAACUGCACCAUCAUUGCUAUAGCCCAUCGACUGAACACUAUACUGGAUUACGACAAAGUACUGGUCCUUGAUUCUGGGUUGAUUAAAGAAUUUGAUACCCCCAGCAAGCUGCUAGCUAACACUAAAUCUGUCUUUCAUUCCAUGGCAGCUGAUGCUAAUUUAAUCUAAAGAUACAACUGUUUCUUUCAUGAAAUGGUUUUAAAUUGAGCCUCUAAUUCUACAGGCAGGAUAUUUUUUUGUAAGAGAAAUGGCACAAAAAAUUGUUUUAUCAUAAGUAUUCAAUGUGAUAGAAUUACAUUAAAAUAUUUAAACAUAAAAUUUAUCAUCAAUUUGUAAACAGAGUUAACCUUAAGCAGUUGCUACAUCUAAAUUGCUUUUCUACAAAGUACAUUAGUCAAUAUUUAAGCUCAUAGCUAAAGUUUUUGGUAAUUUAUAAAAUAUAAUUUUCACUAUUUCACCAACUAAAGCUUAUUUUUUUCCCAACUUAUUUGAAAUUAAUACAAUUUUAACUUUCCCUAAAUAUAGUUUUCAGAUAACUGACUUAAUUUUUUGUUCAAUAACUUCAGAAAGAAUAACAUAUUAAAUUUAAAUUAAUAAACUUUUAUUUCUUACAAAAUAAAAAUGUUAAGCUGUUUCUGAAAUUUUAUUUUUUAUGUAAGAUUUUUGCAUUGUUUGUUAUCCACGUCUUUUAUUUUACUAUUUUUUACACAAAAUAGUAAUAGUAAUUUAACAUUAAAUUAUUU